UGGUACUAAAAUAUAAUAAUUCGACGGGAACCAGAAUAUUAUAGUACGACGGUAACCAGCAUAGGACGGAGCCCCCAUAAACUAACGAAAUAGUGGAAAGUAACCUCGAUAUAACUUCCGCCUUCAAACGUUUGUUAUCAAAAUUGUGUUUUUAGCAUUUUUACACGAAAACACGCACUUUGACAUCGGUGGUAACAGGUAAAAUCUUUCUAAAGCAGGUGUUAGCGUGUACACAAGCCAUCUCAAACCGAGACCCAUGAGCCUGAGACGGAGGCAUGAGAACUGUAGUGUGCCCCUGCAUGCGCAACAACAACAACAACACUAAUUUUCUUAUUUUCCUACCGACAAGAACUGAAUUGUUAUUUUCAAGUUUCAAUCGACCCUUCGAAUAAAGACCACCUGUGAACAAAGACCACAACGACCAAAUCCCUUGAGUGGUCAAUAUUGACAGGACAAAUAAAGCAACCAAGAUAACAUGAUCAGUGGAUGCUCACGGACAAUAACAUUUACGACGUGCCAUAAUACCAUCUACUCCUCGGUUGUCCACAAACUAACUCUCUACUGAAUGGUUCAUGUAGUCUCCUGGGGAUGGCUGCCGGCACCAACAUCUUCACCGAUAAGCAGACCAAUAACUGGUUCAAAGCUUGCAUUGCCCUCAAUUUGACAAAGGAUGGAUUGACUGACUUUGUUGUGACGGAAUUACUAAACGUCCAAACAAUAGUUGGUAGAAGUUGUGGACAAUGCUUUAUUCAAAACCUUAUACCGUGUCCAACUCAGGACGUGUGUAAAAAGAGGAAACGAAAUAACUGUUCUUUCCACAAUUCACAACAACCAAAGUCAUGCCCAACAUGUGAUAAGGUGAAACAAAAUAUCACAUUGUUACACAGAUUUAAUGGGCCUAGUUGGGCAAACACGAAAGCUGAAAGAUGGGCAAUGGAUCCGUGGGAAAUUGGCAAAUGCUACCUCCCACGGGACGGAUAUAGCAGCGUAUCCUCUGUGCAAGAAUCUGACUUCAAUGGUGUGGUAAGCAUCAUGUUGAACUGCACGCAUUUCCAGACAUGCCUCUCCGCCGUAUGCCUGUGUCCACCUCCACCUGAUAAGCGAUGCCCGCUUGAGAAGGUCCGUCAAAUAGGCCGAGAUGUACGCCACACUGCCGACUGCAAGGUUACAGAUGCUGAUCUGCAGUACUUCUUUCUGACACUGACCACCCUACUUGCUGAUCCAGUCCGCUUAUUGCAUGAUUUCUCAGCAACAGAAGCGCGCAGGAAACUCAGUGAUUUGCAGAAUGAUCGUCUUUCACUUGAUGAUUUGGGCAAGUUGUUGAAAGAAGCCAAUAAAACCCUCACACAAGCAAAAGAGGCCGGAGAACGUUUUUCUGAAGAGGCUGUAAGGACCCUGAGAGAAGGUUUGAAUACCUUAGAGGCUAAAAUACUGGCUGGAGAACAACGCCUUAAAAACAAGGCACAGGCUGGAGAACAAAGCAUUGAAAACAAAACACAGGCUGGAGAGAAAAUUAUUGAAAACAAGACACAGGCAGGAGAACAACGCAUUGAAAACAAAACACAGGCUGGAGAACAAAGCAUUGAAAACAAGACACAGGCUGGAGAACAACGCAUUGAAAACAAGACACAGACUGGAGAACAAGGCAUUGAAAACAAGACACAGACUGGGGAACAGAGCAUUGAAAACAAGACACAGACUGGAAAACAACGCAUUGAAAACAAGACACAGACUGGAGAACAAAGCAUUGAAAACAAGACAAAGGCUGGAGAACAAAGCAUUGAAAACAAAACACAGACUGGGGAACAAAGCAUUGAAAACAAGACACAGUCUGGAGAACAAUGCAUCGAAAACAAGACACAGGCUGGAGAACAAAGCAUUGAACACAAAACACAGGCUGGAGAACAAAGCAUUGAAAACAAAACACAGACUGGGGAACAACGCAUUGAAAACAAAACACAGGCUGGAGAACAAAGCAUUGAAAACAAAACACAGGCUGGAGAACAACUCAUUGAAAAUAAGACACAAGAAAGCAUCAACCGCAUAAAUCAAGCAGCGAAUGAAAAGGAGCUAGACGAAUACGAGCGAGGCGUAGCAGAUCUUCUAAAGCGAUUGGUGAACCAUUACCGUGAUACCGUUUGCUACGUGCCUCUGUCUACUUUGGAUCCUAGUCUCGAUAAGCACAUACAAGACGUCUAUGCCACCCCAAAAAUACACAAGAUGAAGAUUGAGAAUGAUGGGAGACGCACACAACAGGAACAAAUAUUAACAUACAAAGAUUGCUUUUAUAGAGGUGAUCAUUUAUCUAGACGUACAUAUUUACAAGGCGAGCCAGGUAGCGGCAAGACAAGUUUUGCUUCCAAGUUAGUUCACGACUGGUGUAACGUGCACGAGCCCUCGACAGAAUCAAAAGAACAAACGGCGUUUGGUGAUGUUGAUACCCUUCAUGAAUUCAAGUUUCUCUUUUUCAUUUCGUUGCGCGAUUCGAGAGAACAGACACAUGUAACACACAUGAUACAAACACAGCUCAUCUACAAAAUCUACGCGGCAGACGAAUGGGAAAGUGCGAAUAAUCUGGUCCUAAACAUAAUGAGAAAUGUGAUGUACCUCGUCGUUCAAGACGGUAUGGAUGAGUGGUCUGGUAAAGAAGCUCUGCCAUCUAUGGACGGAGUUCCUAAGGAUCAUUGCAUUGUGCUCACAACUUCUAGACCAUGGAAACUCGCGGACGAACGUAUCAAGAAUUCUCAAAUAGACAUAUUGAUGGAAGUUUACGGAGUAAUUGAUUCUGAGGGAUUCAGUAAAAGGAUACUGCGACAUCUUCUUGAUGAAACAAAGGAUCUUAACGAAACUGUGAAGAAGUUUCAGAACUUUCUAGAGAGUCAUAACCUUGAUUCGAUAUCAUCUUCGCCCAUGCUGCACACGCUUGUCCUAUGUACAUGGGUAGAUGAUAUGGCCGAGAGUCUUACCGGAGCGUCAAGGUGUGAAUUGUACACCACUCUGCUUGAAAACUUAUGCAAAAAAGCUAACCCACAAAUGAGUUAUUUCAAUCAAUACUACCCAUCACCAGUAAACUGCUUUUCUCGAACGAAGUAUGUUAAACCAAACAUGGAACAUAUAGAUGUUAUAGCCAAAGCUGCGUUUUCAUUUUUGUUUUCAAAUGAAAAAGAAACAUCACUAGUGUUCAGCGACAUUAUUCUUUCGGCUCAUUUGUCUGAAAGUACAAAGCAGUUCGCACUUCAUUCAGGAUUAAUAUCCAAAAGAAAAAGUAAAAAAUGUUAUGAUAAUACAAGCUCGUUUGUCCACAAGACUGUUCAAGAGUUCUUUGCUGCUCUUCACAUCUCCAACAAUACAGACGUGAUUGAUAACGUUAUUUGCGAAUAUCUCAAAAGAAAUAGGGAUUCUGAUCUGGAUAUUUCUCAAGUUCUCAUAUUCCUCUGUGGCUUCAACAUCUUGGCAGCUAAUAAUCUAUCUGCACUGAUGAAUCAGGUCAACGAUGUUCGUCAUGGGUUUGAUCACUAUGAUUUCCAAAGCGUCAUCCUGUCAGGUUAUAGGGAGGCUGUGGCAAACAAGAACACUCCAAUUGACCUACAUAUGAGUCACUUUUACCUACAUCUGAGUCACUUUUUCGUUUGGGUUGAUAAUGCUGAAGAUUUGAUCCCCAUCUUGGCACUGAACACUCCACGGGCUCGAUCUUUAUGGGUUUUCAUGGGACAUGUAAUAAUACCUUCACAAGCCUUGUCGACUUAUCUUUGUCAGGGACCUACACCCGUCUCAUUAGCUGCAUGUGAUUAUGCCGACCCCUCUACAAGAGCGAAGCAGAAAAUAGUCAGAUUGUCUGCAUCUUGUAUUGAAAUUGACUUAUCAGCGUGUCACAACCUGGAACAAUUGAAGCUCAAGUGUGAUAUAACCGUGCUACCAAAUGCACUUGCGGGUUUGAAGAAGUUGAAAUAUCUAACAAUGGAUAUGGGUUGUAAAUGUGAAGCGCUUGACUUGUCACAUUAUGAACACAUAGAACAUUUGGAGCUCAAGGGUGAUAUAACCGUGCUACCAAAUACACUUGCGGGUUUGAAGAAGUUGAAAUAUCUAACAAUGAAAUGGGAUUGUAAAUGUGAAGCGCUCGACAUGUCACAUUAUGAACACAUAGAAUCAAUUGAUCUCGGAAAAGGAGUAACUUUACUACCACACUCUAUUACUAAUUAUAAGAAUCUAAAAUGUACUAAAAUAUGCACAGCUUAUAAAGAACUAGAUUUGUCAAUGUUUGAAAACUUAAAUUUGAUAACAAUCAGCAAAAAAGUGGAAGUGUUACCGAAUCAACUAAUCAUUAAUAACAAUAAAAAACUUGAGUUUAUUGAAUUGUAUAAAUUUGAUUUCAACAGAUGUGACAAGAAAGACAUUCAUACAUGGUGUCUACUGAACGGUGCUGAUCCAGUACUGUGUGCAGACUAUACUCCAGUACUGCCCUCCAUAGAACAAAUUAAACUGUUUAAAGUAACGUGUUCCUCCACCUGGCUGCGCAGUCUGCUCACCACACUGUUUACACUCGAUCAUAGGGUGACGUGUUAUCUGACUGAAUGUGACAUUACUUCACUCAAAGGCAGCAAGUCAUCUAAUGGAUGCACAAUAAUAACAACGGAUUUAAACAAUACGUGUACAUUCAAUGCCUCUGUCGUUAGCCCUGGUCUAUGGGAGACUCUGCUCGGUCUUAGUGUCAAGAAUCUGAGUAUUUCGGGUCAGGAAUGGGAAAAUAAUCAUGUAUCGUCAUUGUCACAGUCACUAGCAACCCUCUCACAGCUGGAAACGCUUAGAAUGCAUUUAAUUGCAUAUAUCGACCUACAGCUUCCUCUGUCAUUGAAUCAUGUGACUGUCUGUUUUAAUACAUUGCAUCCAUCAGAACUUCGCCAGCUGGUGAACAAGCUGUCUGCACGGACUCACUCACUUGAGUGUAGAGUGGAAUUCGUUUGUGGUCAUUUCAAGGACACAAAUAUUUAUAUGAAACAUUUAAUUCCAGCAGAGGAAUACAUACCUAUCCAACAAGAACUCGAUACUAUGCAGCAUGUUGAUGUGGAACGAUUUCGAAUAUAUGACUGGGCACGUUCCACCAAUCAAUGGUCUGCACGUGACAGUGUUGUUGAUGGUGAUCUUGUUGAUGAGAUUGUUGAUAAUGAAUUUUGUAAAGACUUUCUUAAAUUGUUUCGCAUGACCGACAAGAGUAAGAUUGACGGCCUCAGUCGCAUAUCAAUGCGACUUAAGAUUAAGAUCCAACCUUGACGUAGUAAAGUGUAACAUGUGACAAGACAGUAAUAUUAACAUGUUCUUGUGUGAGUGUUACAUGUGGCAAGACAUUAAUAUUUACAUGUUCUUGUGUAAGUGAUACAUGUGCAAGACAAUAAUAUUUACAUGUUCAUUGUGCAAAUUGUAAUCAUAUUUUUUUUUAAGUUUGUUUUUUACUGUCUGAUGCAAAUCAAAUGAUUUCAAAUGUUUUAAAUGUUUGUUGUGUCUCUAACGAUGAUUUUCUGAGAUUGAUAAUACUUAUAAGAACCGAAGAAUACUGAUGGCAAAUGAUGAAUAAGUUUGUGCAAAUGAUAUUGCAACAAUAACGAAUACGGCAACAAUGACAAUGUUGCUGUUGUUGAAGCUGCUGCAUGUGAUGGUGAUGAUGUUUAUUAUGAUAAUACUGACGCAAAUGUGUUUUGUAUUAUGAUGAUAAUGAAUAAAGCUAAUGACUGCC